UCGAAAAUGGCGACGGUAGUUCGCCCGCUGCGACGCGUGUCGCCGUUUGCACGCCACUUUCGCGAUGUCACGCGCGCGUACGCCUCGUGGCGUGUCGACAGCGGGCUGAGGAAGUUCCAGAAGGGCGUUGGACUGUUGGCUGCCGCUUCCGUCACGUUCCUCUUGGCGCAGCAGUGCUUACGACCAAAGGUGGUGCACGCCUUGAAACCUCGCAAGAGAGACGAUGAUUUACAUAAAGCGGUGAAGCUGACGACGAGGGAGCGGAGGUUCAUAAAGUUUGCAUCAGUAACAUACGAUGGCCAACUCUAUAUGACCCCGCAGGAUUUUCUCGACAGCGUCAUUGAUCCCGAACCUCGACCGAGACUGAAGAGACGCGUGCUGUCCGACGUGGAACUCGAAGUGAUGCGAAACUCUAAUCCUUCACUACGUCAUGGAAGCACGCAUAUGUUUCGGAAUUUACGAGAUAAAGGAAUAAUUUCCUACACGGAGUACUUGUUUCUACUAUCUAUCCUGACGAAACCGAAAACUGGUUUCCAAAUCGCCUUCAAUAUGUUCGACACUGAUGGGAACGAGCGAGUCGACAAAACCGAGUUUCUCGUGAUUCGUCGUUUACUCGGCGGCAGCCUGAAAGAACGGGAUCUCGACGAGCCGACGAAACGUGCAUUACGUUCCAUAAUUGCUCCGAGCGAAGACGUUCUAGGCAAACCAAAACUUCGCGAAGCUCGCCCGGCUAAGACAAACGAAAACGUCUCUAAAUCUUACAUGGAGAAAGUGUUUAGUCACGCGUGGAGAGGUCGCCAUGGAUGUGAGACCAAAGAGGAAUUGGAACAACUGCAGGAACGCCAGAAAACACCAGAAGAGAUUCAGGGCCAAUUCAUCGACGACGAUCAAGGCUUGCAACGACGUCAUGCUGUGGACACAACCUUGAUGACACACUUCUUCGGCAAAGACGGCACCAACGAGUUAAAAUACGAAGAUUUUAAACGCUUCAUGGAGAACCUACAGCACGAAAUAUUGGAGUUGGAAUAUCACGAAUUCAGCAAAGGUCUUGAAACGAUCAACGAAUUGGAUUUCGCCAAAAUUUUGUUAAGAUACACGUACCUUGAACCCGACGAAUAUGAUAAAUACUUGGAUAGAAUGAUGGACAGAGCGGAAUUGAAUAUUGGUAUCACGUUUGAGGAAUUUCGUCGCUUCUACCAAUUUCUGAAUAAUCUGGAUGAUUUUUCCAUAGCGAUGCGAACGUAUACAUUGGCCGACCAUCCCAUAUCCAAAGAUGAGUUUCAACGAGCUGUAAAAAUAUGUACGGGAAUGGUGCUCUCGACACAUAUAAUCGAUACAGUCUUUGCACUGUUCGACGAAGAUGGAGACGGCCAACUCUCUUACAAGGAAUUCAUCGCGAUUAUGAAGGAUCGAUUGCACAGGGGUUUCAAAUCUCAACAACGCAACGAGGGUUGGGAAGCAUUUAAAUUUUGCGUGAAACAAGAGAUGAAAGCACCUUGAAGGAACAAUCACCAUAUAAAGGAACGCAAAAAUCUAGGAGAUAUUGUAUAAAUCCUAUAACACCUACAAUUGUGAUAACAUCGAUGAUCAUUUGAUCGUAUUAAAGUUCCCUGUUCUUAUACUCUUAUUUAUAUAUUCCAAUAUACUAAAGCAUGUGCAAGUACUUUUUAUCGAGUACCAAACUUAUAAGGAUAUUAAUACAAUUCGUUGAAUCUUAAUAUAUGUGAAACAAUUAAUGGGCUAGCGAUAAAAAGCGAAAGUAUUUGCAUUCUGAUAUAGUAUAUUAAAAGGUAUAUCUUAACAAAAAAUUAUCUUCUAUAAUUUUUUCAAUGCUAUAUGUUUUAAAUAUUAAAGGAUUUUUAGUUUUUCAUGUAAUUAUUGGUAAAUUACUUGCACAAAAACUUUCAUGAUUAAAUGUUUUUUUUAUGACUCUAUUCGCCUUGCCCAAAAGAAACUCUCAAUGAUUCGGAACUUGCGUAUUUUUUAAUAUCUUCUAUGAAAUCAAAUAAAGAUUAUCGAUUCUCCUUGAGAUAAAUUCAGUUUAUUAUAUAGAAAAAACAUUAGCACUGAAAAAUGAUUUAAAAAAUGAUUAGAAAAAUGAUUAGAAAAACAUUAGCAUUGAAAAAUGAUUCAUUAUAUGAAUAAAGUAAAAAAUAAGUUCUUGUUAUAUUAGUUUUCUUCCGAAUAUUAAAACAGUAAUUAUUUGUAGGUUGACUCUUAAUGUAUGUAAUUUAGACAAAAACUUCUAGAACACUCUGUCUAAAUAUUGCUAAAAAUCAAAGCUAAAUAAUUUUAGAAUUACAUACAUUAAGCAUCAUAAACUAUAAUACGAAAGUAAAACUAAUAAAUAAGAACUCACUAUGAAAAAAAUUAACGCAAUUAUCCUUGAAAACAAGCGGGAUAUUCAGUGAAAAAUAUCACAAAUGAUAAUACUGUUACCUAUUUCCUAAUAAGCUUUUCCGUCAAAUACACAGAGUUCGUAAGCUACGACAAGAUCGUAUGAGCAAACUCGAGAUACACGUGUAUAGAUGUAAUUAUAUCGUGGAGAUAAAACUGGUUGACAUCA